AUGGCUCCUCCUGCGAAAGAUGACACCCAUUCCUCCAGUACUGGCAAGGAUGAAGUGCGGUUGAUUCCCUCCGAUGAGCCUCAAGGCGGCCCUGGAAUUACAGUUGAACGUUCCAUCAUUGAGCGCUCCAUCCUAAUCAAGAACAUGCUUGAGGAUGUCGGUGGCGGAAGCGUAGAAGAAGAGAUCCCAAUUCCAAACGUCAACAGAGCCGUCCUCGAAAAGGUCAUCGCUUGGUGCACAAAGCAUCAGGAUGACCCCCCAAGCACCGGCGAUGAGGACAACGACUCCCGUAGAAGAACCACAGACAUCGACGAAUGGGAUCAAAAGUUCAUGCAAGUCGACCAGGAGAUGCUGUUCGAGAUCAUUCUAGCCGCCAACUACCUUGAUAUUAAGGCCCUUCUCGACAUUGGUUGCAAGACCGUUGCGAAUAUGAUCAAGGGCAAGUCCCCAGAAGAUAUCCGCAAGACCUUCAAUAUCCAAAACGACUUCACGCCAGAGGAAGAAGCUCAAAUCCGCGCGGAGAACGAAUGGGCUGAGGACCGUUAA